AUGGUAAUAACAGAUGUUAAUAAUGUCGAUGCUGAUGGUGAUGAUGAAGAUGGUGAUGAUGGUGAAGAUGGUGAUGGUGGUGGUGAUGGUAGUGAUGGGGAUGAUGAUGAUAGCGUUGAAGAUGAUGGUGGUGGUGAUGGUGAUGAUGGUAGUGGUGGUGGUGCUGCUGAUGCUGACAAUAAUGGCGGUGAUAAGGAAGAGAGGGAGGAUAGCAGUUCCAAGAGGGAAAAUAAAGGAGGGAUGGAGGAGCAAGUGGAUGAGUACAGUGUUAGAAGUGAGGAGGGGAUGGUGACAAGAUGGGAAAAGAAUAUACUGAUUCCAAUUACAGCCUCAGCAGUAGGGGAAUACUCACUGAGUGUUUUAGGCACCGGUGGCUUGAUGAUCAACCAAACGGAGAGCUUGCAUUUCAAUAUUGAUCACUUCUCCAUCUUUGUGCAAAGCGACAAAGCUAUCUACAAACCAGGCCAGACAGUGCACUACAGAGUGCUUGCUGUUUAUCCAGACUUGAAACCAUAUUCAGGACCUUUCACAGUAACAGUCAGUGAUGGUAAUGGUAAUGCGAUUAAUCAGAUGAUAGACAAGAUGCCCAAUAAGAAUGGAAUCCUCUCUGAAGAGAUGGUGAUGUCUGACAACCCUGUUCUAGGUGACUGGAUGAUCAAAGUAGAAGCAGAGGGUCAAACCAAGGAAUACACUUUCAAGAUUGAUGAAUAUGUACUGCCAAAGUUUGAAGUUUCCAUUCAGGCACCUACAUUCUUUGAUCCAUCAGAUGAGGUUAUUUCUGUUAAAUAUAUUGCCAAAUACACAUUUGGGAAGCCAGUAGAAGGGACUCUGUCGGUAGGUGUGAAAUUGCGAUACCAGCCCAACUCAAGACAGUUGCAAAGAAGAAUACAGAUAUCUCCUAAUACUGUAGAAACAGAAAUUAACUUCAAAACCAGCGAGCUUCUCGACCUCAAGAGACAACACCUAUUUGAUAGCCAGCUAUCUUGGUAUGAGAAUGAGAUGUUAGUAUUCACGGCCAAUGUAACCGAGACCCUGACAGGUAUUAUGCAGCAAGCUGAUGAAGCCACCAUCUUCUACCACUCCAGACCUAUCAAAGUCGUAUUCCAGGAGUCUAUCAGCCGCUCUACAUUCAAGCCAGGGCUGCCUUAUCGUGUCUAUCUGGUUGUCACCCGUCAGGAUGGUUCUCCUUUGACGGAAGAGGAACGUCAACGAGGUCUUAAACUGGAUGUUUGCAGGGGUAAUGACUGCAUUCAAGAGAAUCUUGUCAUAGACCAACAAGCCGGUGUUGCAGAGACUACCAUAGCCUCAUCCAACAAAGAAACAUCCAUCCAACUUUGGGCGGAAUACAGAGGAGUCUCACAGAACAGGGUGAGUUACGGGACACAAUACGACCGUCAGUACAAUCCAGUGGAUCUCCCAGCUGGCUCCUACAUGGUUACUGCCUCAAAGUAUCUUCAGAGGUCGAAUUCUCCAAGUAAUACCUACAUCCAAGUCAGUCCAGACAAUCCUGAUGCACUUAGGAUUGGUUCUAUGGCUUCAUUCAAUGUUCAAUCAACCAUAGUUCCAGGAAAGCUCACUUAUCAGAUCAUAUCUCGUGGGAAUAUCUUGGUCUCUGAAACUAUCUCUGGCCUUACAGGACCAGAAUAUGUCAUCGAAAAACAAAUAACAGCAGAGAUGUCCCCUAAGAGCAAACUCAUUGUUUAUUUCCUGACUGACUCUGGAGAGGUGGUCCUUGACAGUCUUGAGUUUGUAGUCAAUGUGGUCUUUCAUAACCCGGUGAGUGCUAGCUUCAGUAAGAAGAUGGGAGAACCUGGCGACCGUGUAAGCUUUGAUGUAGAAACCACUCCUGGAGCCUUUGUAGGAGUCCUAGCUAUCGAUAGGAGUGUCCAACUCUUGGCUGAUGGCAAUGACAUCACCCAUAACCAGGUAUUGGAGUCUGUUGGGCGGUUUGACACAACACCAGAUAAUUCCUGGGGUUAUAAUCCCUUCUUUGACUUUGCCUUCUGUUUCAUCCCAUAUCCUACAAGUGGAAUCAAUGCUGGUGAAAUUCUAAGGAAUGCAGGUAUGAUUUAUAUAACAGAUGGCAAUGUUGUUUACGUGGGAAGGCCUUGGUUACGAGAUCACGUCCCGGUUUUUGCGGCUGCUGGGGGUUUCGGUAACGCAGGAGCAGCUGAUGCAAAUGCUGAAUCAGGUGUCGGCAGAAAGAAUGAGGUAGGGCCUGUACCAGAGAAAAAGGUCCGUAAAGAAUUCCCUGAGACUUGGUUGUGGGUGGACACAGAAGCAGACUCUGCAGGCCGCGUUUCGAUCGAUACCACAUUCCCCGAUACUAUCACAUCCUGGGUUGGAACAGCUAUUUCAAUGGAUGCUGAAAAUGGAUUGGGAGUGACACAUAAUGCUUCUCGAGCUACUGUUUUCAAGGAGUUCUUUAUUUCCUUGAACUUGCCAUACUCAGUGAUCAGGGGUGAGAAGUUUGUUUUAGAGGCCAACAUCUUUAACUACCUGAAGAACAAUAUCUCGGCCAAUGUGGUUCUAGCUGCAUCACCCAACUAUGAAAUUCUGAAAGAUGGUCAACCAGUCUCAACAAUGGUGACUAAGACGGUGAAGGUGGCUGCUAAUAAGAGUGCUACAGCAAAAUUUGCAGUCAAUCCAUUGAAGAACGGCAUGAUUGAUCUCCGAGUCGAUGCCUCUGUACCAAAUAUGGGAGUAAGCGAUGCAGUCCUGCGUCGCUUGUUAGUCGAGCCCGAAGGCAUUGAGCAGGAAGAGGUAGUAUCACGUCUGGUGGACAUGUCUAACGUAGCAUUAUAUUCCCAGACAUUCAAUAUUAGUCUACCAAGCGAUGUUGUUCCCGACUCUAUCAGGGCUGUCCUGACUGCUACAGGUGACAUUCUUGGGCCCACCAUGGCAAACCUGGACCAGCUCUUGCGGAUGCCAACGGGAUGCGGAGAACAGACCAUGAUUGCCUUUGCUCCCGAUGUCUUCAUCUACAAGUAUCUCAGGGAGACGGGCCAAUCAAACCCCACUAUUGAACAGAAAGCUCUCCGCUUCAUGGAGAAGGGUUACCAAAAUGAGUUGAGAUACCAGCACGAAGAUGGUUCAUUUAGUGCCUUCGGUGAAAGAAACAAUGCGAAUGGCAGCACAUGGUUGACUGCCUUUGUGGUCCGUUCCUUCCUACAGGCUGAGUCAUACAUCUUCAUUGACCGUCAAGUGAUAGAAAGGGCAAUCAAUUUCCUUAUUGCCCACACAAAUGUAGAUGGUUCCUUCCAGAAGUCUGGACGGAUCAUUGAUCAUGGCAUUGAGGGAGGGGUGUCUUCAGUCCAGACAUUGACUGCAUACUGUGCCAUCACCAUGAAGCAAGUUCUCAUAUCUGAUAUUGUUUCCGAUUCCUCCAAACGUGAUGCUCAGACCAAAUUGACCGCAGCCAUAGGCUUCCUGGAACGCAGUUACGAUGGCAUCCAAGACGAUAAGUAUGCCAUGGCCAUCGUGACCUAUGCUCUUGCUCAAGGUGGAAGUAUGAACACCCAGACUUUCCUGAACAGACUGAAUACACUCCAAACUGUGGAAGAUGACGGAAGACUGAAAUAUUGGACAGACCAGGAUGAACAAUCGACCCCUGCUAAUGAUGAGUAUUACUACUGGUGGCGUGGACCUCCUUCUACCGCUGUUGAGAUGACUGGAUAUGGUCUGCUGACGUACUUGACGCAGAAUGACGUGACGGGUAGCAUUCCCAUAGCUGCAUGGCUCAGUCAACAAAGAAACUCUCUGGGAGGCUAUUCAUCCACACAGGACACGGUUAUUGCUCUGCUGGCAUUGACAAGCUAUGCUGAGGUGGUUGCUGGAGGCAAUAAGAAUAUGAUGCUAUCCAUCUCAACCACAGCUGAUCCUACGUACAACCAAGAUUUCACUAUUACUAAUGAGAAUGCUAUUAUCCUUCAACAGUUUGAGUUGACUGUGGACUCGGGAUCUAUCAAGGUAGAAGGAACCGGAGAAGGAUCAUUCCUUCUCUCCCUCAUCCUUCAUUAUAACCUGUAUGAAGUAAGGACCAGUGAUGUUUUCCAGACCACUAUCACAGUAUUGAGCGCAGAUACAGACUCAGUGGAGCUGCAGGCAUGUGCUAGAUAUACUGGCAAUGAAGGUACUGGUAUGGCUAUCAUGGAUAUAGGUAUCCCAUCUGGUUUCUACGCUGAGGAGAAUCGUCUCCAGAAUGCCAUCGACGAGGUUGCGUCUGCUACCAAGUAUGAGAUCUCAGGACAGAGUGUUAUUAUCUACUUGGAUGAGAUUUUUGCCGAUAGUACUACAUGCAUCACAGCCCAUGCUCGUCGCUCAGAGGUUGUAGCUGAAACCAAACCAAGCAUGUACCAAGUUUACCAAUACUAUGCCCCUGCUCAACGAUCUGUACAGUCAUACUCUGUAGACGCCCUCAGUAACACCGACAUCUGCCAAUUGUGCCGCGACUGCUGCUACGACGAUAGCGGUGCUGUCCCCUCAGCAACCACUCCUACAGUUCUUCUUCUUGUAUUGACAUUUACUACCGUCAUUGGGGGGAAAUGUGACUGCAGCAUAAGAUAUUGUUACGGGUAAAUGCAAAGAUGAUAAAUCAACAAACUUUGUGCAAAAAAAUUAAAAAAUCAUGAAAAUAUUGACUUCAUUACAGUAAAAUUUGCAAUUUAUUUCUCUUCUUGUGUAUGUUUGCUCAAUGUUUUUUUUUUUUCAGAUUAAAAAUGCAUUAGUAAAAUUUAUAUGCUAGUAAGUUUUUGUUCAGGUUAUAUUCUCUUUUUCUAUAUGAAAAGAUGCAAAUGGUCUAAAGAUAUUAUGAAUAUGUAUUAUCAUUUUGCUCAGUGAAUCAUUGUAAGAGUAUUUUCCUGGGACUUGAUCAGCAAAUGCAUCCAACCUGUUCAGAAAAAGGAAUAUUCUUAAUCAUAUUGUUUCUCUUUCAUGACCUGAAUUUAAAAAAGAAAAAUCAUGUAUUAAAGGCUCUACAUACACAUACUGUAUACCUUUAUCAUUCAGAUUGUUUACGAUCAUGGUACUGUCUUUCAUGUUAGGAAACAAAAGACUAACCUACGCAAAUUUCCUUGUAGUAAUAUUCUUUCAGAUUUUCAAAUGUCAUUAGGAUUCAUGAUGUAAUUUGUAUGAUUUUUAAGUUUGUAAAUUGAACAGCUGAUAGUUUACAUGUAUCAAUGCUCUGUUAUGUACAUAUUGCAGACAUGAUGAAAGUAUGCCUCUGCUUCAUUGCUUUAUGAAAUAUUUAAACCCAUGUUUUUGUAAAUUUAUAGUUGCCUUUCGAGUAUAUCCUUGUAUUUUAAUUAAGUAUGAAUAUUUACAAACAAUUGAAAUUCAUGAAAUACAGAUUGCAUGUAAUUGUUAUGAUGCAUAUACAUCAGUUGGCAUCAAUCUCAACUUGCAAACGUUUUGAAGAAAAAAAAUCAUAAUUAUAUGAAACAUUGUUGAAAUUCAGUCAUUCCUGCAGAUAUCUUUAAUAUCAUACAUGGCACUUGUUCAGUGUUCAGUCUUACCCAAAUCAUAUGAAGAAAUACAUGGAAAUUAAUUAUGAACUUUUAAUAAAUUUUGCUUUGUUAUAGAAGACGCUAUUUAAAACGUGUAUUUUUGCAUAAGUUUUUUUCUGUCUUGCUCAUUUUAGAAUAUGCACAUAAAAAUGCAAAUAAAAGCUGAAGUAGAAAGCC